AUGCCCGUCUUUUCAAAGGAGGCAAUACUGCCCGAGCGAACAGACAUCGACCGAUCAAAAUGCACCCGCGUGGUCCCCAUGCGCGUCCUAGGACUCGGUCUAAGUCGAACAGGAACCAACUCACUCCGAAGCGCCCUCCGAACCCUAGGCUAUGACGAUACCUACCAUGGCUUCGCGGCCUUUAUGGAGAAUCCCCGAGAUUGCGAGAUGUGGCUGAAAGCCCUGGCAGCCAAAUUCGACGGGCAGGGUAAACCUUUUGGACGGGAGGAAUUCGACCAGCUUCUUGGUCAUUGUCAGGCUGUGACUGAUAUCCCAGCCAUCUGCUUUGUCCCGGAAUUGAUAGAAGCAUAUCCAGAGGCGAAAGUGAUUCUCACACAUCGUGAUAUCAACGACUGGCAUACAUCGGUGAUGGAGACGAUCAUAAAACAAGUAGACAACCCGCUCACCAACAUGGCAACACGCUUUUUCCUGAUAUUCUGCCGAUCCUCAUUCCAACUGCCAAGGAAGGUAUCUGUCCAUGUGUGUCAGAACUACUACCAGGAUUUCAAGUUCAAUGGCAGGCAGAUUUACAGGGAACAUUAUGCUCUGGUGGACAGUCUUGUGCCGGAGGACAAUUUGCUUCAUUACCGAAUUGAGGAGGGUUGGGAGCCUCUUUGUCGAUUUCUGGGCCAGCCUAUUCCUGAUGUGCCGUUUCCUUAUGGGAAUACAGCUGCGGAGGUGCUGGCUAAGACCAGGGCUUUUAUUGCGGUCGAGGCUAUGCAUGCUCUUCGGAGGUUUUGCGUUUUUUGGGUUAUUGUUGUUGCUAUUGUUGUGUCUGCUUUUCAUCUUCUUUUUGCCUUCAAGGAGGUUUUGGGGUUCUUUUUGAGACUGCUUUGGGGCAUUUGCUGUACUCCAUUUCCUGUACUUCAUUUCCUGUACUUCAUUUUGUGUACUACAUUUGCUGUACUUGAGGCUCGUUAG